AUGGUGCUUCGGAAAGACGAACUCGAAAUACAGCUCAAAAACGAGAAUGAAUUGAUCAAAAAUGGCGUGUUGAGAGAGGACAAUCCCCUGGAUCAGUCCGUCGAGUUUGAGGCCUUCCUGCUGGCUUGCAGGAGGGGUGACCUGAAGACGUGCCAAGAGCUGAUAUCGGCGGGCGUGAACAUCAAUGGCAAGGAUCGCUUUGACUAUACCCCCCUGAUCAUUCUGCUCCUGGAGUCCGGUGCUCUGGCUGAGAGAAAUACGUUCCAAGGGGAGAGAUGCAUCUACAACGCCCUCAACGACAGGAUACGGAACCUUCUUUUGGAGUAUGACUACUCGAAAUCGACGGAUCCUCUGCAGCCAUGGGCGGGUCACAUCACCAGUCUCCUCUCGAAGGACGUCCCAAAGACAGCGGACAUCGGCCUGAUCGCCGCGGCGCAGUCCUUCGACCUGCACAAGUUCAUCCUGGCGGCGCGGACGCCGUACUUUCGUAGGAAGCUGUCCGACGCGCCCGAAACAACAACGUGGAAGCUCCCGUCCACCCUCCCGCUGGAGUCCUUCCAGGUCGCCCUGCGCUACCUCUACCUCGGCGAGGUCCCGAGAGACGUCGUCACCCCGCGCAGCACCGUCUCGGAGGAGGAGGUGCUCACAGGCGUCGACAAGCUCAGCAAGCAGCUCGAGAUCGAGCAGCUCUGGGAGGCGAUCCUCGCGGGCGGCGACCGUCGCCUCGCGCGCCAGCGGUAUGAGGACGAGGUGAAACGCGCCCAGGGCCAGGUCGAGCGCUUCUACCGCGACAAGGUCCUCGGCCACAAGAUGGUCGUCGAGACGAAGCGCGUAGGCGACAUUAAGUGGCGCCACGACAACUCCAUCUUCGCUGACUGCCUCCUCUGUGCGCACGAACCCGAGAGUGACGAGGUCGGGAAUGACGCGGGAGAGGACGACGACGCCAACGCCGGCGUUGUCCGCCUCAAUGGGAUCCCCCUUGGCCCGGCCGUUAACACUGAUGGCGACAGGCCGAAGCGGAGGCCUAGGAAAUCGGUGGUGUACCCGGUGCACAAGGCGAUGCUCAUCCGCAGCCCCUACUUCGAGACCAUGUUCUCCAGCGAUUUCCGCGAGGCGCAGGACUCGGAGCACCUCCACGUCGUCACGGUGGACUGCAUGCCUGACGUCCUCGAGAUCGUCCUUACUUACCUCUACACCGAAAAGGUCGACUGCCCCCUCGAACUCGCCCUAGACCUGCUGUACACGGCCGACAUCCUGUUCCUCGACAAGCUCAAGACCAAGGCCGCGCAGGCCAUCAGCACCCUGGGCAGCGGCAACAGCAAUGUGUGGGCCGACCGCACGCACGCCUCAGCGGGGCGGCAGGAGGAGGGUGAAGAGCAGCAACAGCAGCAGGACGAGAUGGAACCCAUCAACAUCUAUGACGUAAUCCACGCAGCCUGGGACUUGCGGGUGCAGCGGCUCGAGGAGUUCGGCGCGCGGUACCUCGCCGACCGGCUGGAGGACUAUAUCGACGAGCCCGAGUUCGCUGAGCUCAUCCGCGAGAGCGCCGAGCGGAUCAGGAACCGUCAGGAGACGGACACCAUCGAGCUGCUGGACGACAUCCGGUACUACCUGGGCGAGCGGUUCCGCCUGCGCUUCGAGGACGCCAACCUCGACGAGAUGAUGGACGAGGAGGGCGAGAUCGACGCCGCCCUGGCGGAGACCAUUGCCGUGCAGAGUGAGCAGCAGCAGCAGCAGCGGCAGACUGAUGGGAAGGAGGAGCCCAUUGCCGCCCCCGUGGAAGCGGCAUCCGCUGCGACUUCUGUGAGGGACGGCGAGGGCGGAGAGAGCGGAGAGGACGGCGAGAGCGGCCAGGGUGUCAAAACGUUGGCCGGUGAGGUGGCCGAGGACGAGUUCGCAUCAGAUGCCAUCAACUACCAGAUAUUACUUGGGAAGAUCGACACCAUGCUGGAUCGCUUGAAGCUGGACGCGUAG